AUGGAUGAAAACACGAAAUCGGUAAAGAUGAUGGAAGAGAGUAGUCAUUUCGGUUUGGAUGAUAUUCCGCGUGGUUUUCGGUUCCUUCCCACCGAUGAAGAGCUCAUCCGUUAUUACGUGAUCAACAAAGUCUUGGAUAAACCUCUCCCAUUAAACAAAUUCAUAGAUGUUAAUAUUUACAACUACAAUCCAGAUCAACUGGCUGAGAUAUAUGGAGGUAGAGAAGAGAAUGAGCCAAUGUAUUUUUUCAGUCCAAGGGAACGGAAGUAUGCCAACGGGAGCCGUCCGAACCGUGUAACUGGAACGGGACAUUGGAGGGCUACCGGAAAAGAUAAACACAUUCCAGCGAUGGGACCGACGAUAGGGUUCACGACGGCGCUGGGAUUUCAUGAAGGGAAAUCAAAAAAAGAUAAAAAAACCAAGUGGAUCAUGCAUGAAUACCGAGUCAACUACGAGUACCUGAAUGUUCCGAGGAGUACUCCUGAUCAACCUAUGAUGUUGGAUAAGUGGGUUCUCUGCAAGAUAUAUGAGAAUGUAAGGGGGCCAAAAGGAAAGUCGACUGAUGAAAUGCAAGAUAUUCCAUCAAAAACCAGCUGCUUUCCUCAUCAUGAUCAUGCAGAUCAAGGAGGUCGGGAGCGCUCGAUUAUUUCAUCUCCACCACGCACGUUGUUGCUCAUAAAUCAAGUUCCUCCAGUACCUAAUAAUUAUGAUUUGAGCAAUGCGCUUAACUCUCCAUGUCAGUUUGAUCAGUACUACUCGGGACAGAUGAUCUCAGCAUUUGGUGAACAUGAUCAUCAUCACGAUCUUCCUAUAGCAUUCGAAAAUACCGGGCUGCAUAAUUAUGCUAAUUUGGCGGAUGAUCCGUUUUUCAACACUAAUAUAACGAGACCGGAUGAUCAUCAUCAUCAGUUAUUUGCAGCUCCAGUACCAGCUUAUUCGGCCAACUCUGCACCUGAUUGGUGUGAUGUUGAUGAUCAAGGCCGGCGAAAGGAUGACGAUGAUCGGCGCGGCUUUCAACUAUCAGGUCCUGCAUUUAAUGAUCCAGUACUCGAUUAUGUUCCACUCGGAAAUCCAGACAACUUUGCUCAUGAUGUUGAUGAUGUUUUAAUUUUCUACGAUGCCCGACCUAGUUCUGGGUCCGCUGGUGACCUUGAUCAAUCUGAUCAACUUUUGCUUAUGUUCGAUGCAAGCUGUGAUGAUAAUCAAAACUUUGAUUUGGGGAGUACUGCUCUUGACAACAUGUUUUCAGAGAAUAAGGAGGAGCCAGAGAAUACGGAGCCAGAUCGAACAUCAUGA